AUACCUUUUGUCUACCGCUUCCCAGAGUUCCCGUUGCCAUCGUCGCCAUCUUGUACGCUAUCCACUGAUUUCAUCUUUAUGUUUAUGUAUUUUGAAAUAUGACAAUCGAAUAACCGAAAUGAGUACUACAACAGGUAAAAAGAAAAGUGGUGGUUUUUUAACACGCCAGGCCAAAUCUAAGGACAAAACUAUUGACUCUGUGACUGAAGACGAGUUGCUGAAGAGGGACGCAAUUACUCCAGAAGAAGUUCUUCGAUUGAAUAGAAUUACAGAAAAGUAUUUAUGUUCUCCUGAAGCCAACAUAUUUGGUAUAGACUUUACAAGAUUCAAGUUGAGAGACAUGGAUUCAGGAGCUGUUUUGUUUGAAGUUGCCAAACCUCCACCACCAGAUGAUAGUGAAUCUGAUACAGAUAUUGAAGAAAUAGACCCUCAUGCUGGAAGAUUUGUACGAUACCAGUUCACACCACAGUUUUUAAAACUUAAAACAGUUGGAGCAACAGUUGAAUUUGUUGUUGGAGACAAACCAGUGAAUAAAUUCAGAAUGAUAGAGCGACAUUUUUUCCGUGAUAAACUUCUGAAAAGCUUUGACUUCGAAUUUGGAUUCUGUAUACCACAAAGCAGAAAUACAGUGGAACAUAUUUAUGAAUUUCCUGUGCUAUCACCAGAGGAAGUGGAGGAUAUGAUCAGACAUCCAUUUGAGACAAGGUCAGACAGCUUUUAUUUUGUGGAAGAUACACUCAUCAUGCAUAACAAAGCAGACUAUGCCUACAAUGGAGGAACAUAGCUUCAGCUGGACUGGAGAACUUUUCAUCAUUUAUGAAUAUAUUAAAUUAUAUAUUUAGAAGUAUGUUUUGUGGCAUUCCAAGUUACAUAUUUUUAUCAUUCAAUGUAAAUUAAGCAAAUUAUUUUUUAAGUAUGCAUGUGUGAUGGAAAUAAAAAUAUUGUGAAAUAA